AUGAAGAAAUCAAUAAUAAGACCAAUUAAUCAAUUAAAUUCUCCCUCUAUUUCUCAUUAUAGAUCACAGACUAGUGGAUCUGGAGUAAUUGAUCAAUCUAGGAUUCUGGAGGAAACUAGUGAGCGAUUUUAGCGAACUUGGAACAUUUUGGAGAGCGUCGAAGAAUUAAAGAGUGUGCGCGAGAUAGUGAAGUAAGUCAAUACAGAGCCAAGUGUACAAUGUGAAUGUCAAUUGGGAGGGACGAUAAUAUCUGGGAAGGUUUACAAAGUAGCUCCUAUGGAGUUUUAUUAUUGCAAUAUUGGAACUCGAGGUUAGAAAUCUCCUUUGAAUUGUACGAUGUUUUGUGAUGGUGAGUUUUAGAUAAUGAUAUCAUUUAAUUCACCUUUUCCAACCAAAUUCAAUUGUGAUCAAGUCAUUCGAAAUAGAUAAUGGGCUGUGAAGCAUAAUGGAGAAGAUAAAUUAAAUUUGGCAGUGGUUGCAAGAAAAUAAACAGAUAUAAAAUUUAUGGUUCAUUUCGGAUAGGCAGAUUCCUUUCGCAAAUUGGUUCGUAUGACUAGUAAUCAUGAUAGAAUUCCAAUGAGUGAGAUACCAAGGACUCCUUAAUUCAUAGUGAAUCAGAAUAAGGUUUUGGCAGUCAAAAAAGUGAACAAAUUCGAGAUGGAAGUUAGUCGAUCAGAUCGUUUUUUGUAGGUAUUGAAAACAAGAAAUCUGCAAAAGAAGUCUGUGUUGGAAGCAAACUAAAUGAAGAAUCUUGAAUUUAAGGCCAAGGAAUGGGCACAUAAUGAAUACAAAUUGAUAACGUCGGCCUUACGAAACAGGGAUAGGAGAAGGGAAUAAAAAUACCUUUGGUUUGAAUUACUUUAUUAUAUCAAGCUUGUAGACACAUUGUAGACUUUGUUAUAAUAGAGAAGGAAAUAAUUGAUGAAGAAUAAGAUGAUGGUGAUAGGUUUGCAGUUGAGAAUCAAGGCAUUCAGAGAGAAUCAGUAGAAGGAGAGAGGAGACAUUCUGCAUAGAGUAGUUGGAGACACUGUGUUGUCUUUGAUGAUGUACUGUAAGUAGGCUAAGAGACGAUUGAUUCACAAUUCUUUGGGUUCUGUCAUGCCUUUGUUGAAGUGGAGAGCAUCGUUGUACAUGUUCAAGAAGAAAGCUAUGAUAACAAGUGGGAAGCUGUAGUUAAUCAAGGUGAAUCUUAAUCAAUUUGUAAGGAAUGUGAGAGAUUACAAGGCUAAGAUGAUUCAAAAAUGGGAUUAAUACACUUUGAAGAUACACUCCAUUCCGUCUCUAUAAAAAAUGGAUAAGAGAUUCAUCACUUGGAUCAAGUAUCUUUAUGAGAAGGGAUAUCAAGCAUAUUUUUAGAAUUAGUUUAUCACUUUGUUGAUGAGGGAUCGUUAUCGGUCUCAUAUUAGAGAGUAGAGGGAAAUCAAGUAAUUUAGAUUGGAAUUGAAGGCUGCCAAAUUGUAAUUGAGGUUUUCUAGAGACACUGUAGAUAUUGUGAGUUUGAGACAGAGAAUUUUCAAGUUGAACAAUGAUAUAUUUGCUAUGUAAGUGAAAAACUAAUUCUUCAUUCAUUCAGAUGUGGAACGAUUUGUAAGUUCAAUUCUAGAGUAGAGCUCCUUUAUCUUUUUGGAUGAGGAUACAAAUCAAUUAAAUUAAGAGAAGUAAUCUCGCAUUAGAGUGAGUUUGAAAAGAUAGAAAACAAUGAGAAUCUCAAAGAAUCUCUGA